CGACCGUUAUUCUCAGCGCGUCACUACUGGACCUUACCCGUACCCGGUGUAGGUGUACAACUUAAUUUCAGUGCUUCUUCGUUGAAGAUCCUCGCAAAAAAACAUGGAAAAAUCUCCCCUAGCUGGUCUCUUGGACUAUGUCGUCCCUGUUCUACUUGUCGUGGUUGUACUGUUAGUUCUUCAUUUGCUGAAAACGAUCGCUUUUCCCCAUAUCUUUCCAUGGGUGGUUGCGCGCAUAACGAUCAACUACAACAAGGCGAUGGCGAGCUUCAAGCAAGAACUCCUCAAAGACAUGAAAGACCAGCUGGACUCCCUCCGCGAAAAGCCGGUGGAUGGAAGCUCUGCGAACGGGGAAGCACAACCCUCCCUUACCGUGCUUGAGAUCGGGGUGGGUUCGGGAGCUAACUUCAAGUUCUACCCCGACGGCACCACGGUCAUCGCGGUCGAACCGAACAAGAAUUUCGUCGGCUAUUUGGAGAAGAGCGUCGCCGAGCACUUCCCGCGGGUUCGCCUGCAGCGCACGGUGAUAGCUUACGGGGAGGAUCUACGGGACCAUGUGGAGGACUGCAGUGUGGAUGCUGUGGUCUGCACAUUGGUGCUUUGCAGUGUCAGGGAUAUCGAUGCAGUACUACAGGAGACAAAGAGAGUGCUAAAACCUGGAGGGAAGUUCUACUUUCUAGACCACAUCGCCGCAGAUCCUGAAACCUGGACCAGCACACUGCAAUGGGUUCUCCGUCCCGUCUGGUCCUAUGUAGGCGACGGCUGUCAACUGGUCAGGAAAGUCUGGCCGGAGGUAGAUCGGGCUGGCUUCUCCAGAGUCAGCUAUAAGAAGUUUUUGGCUCAUCCUACACUUCCUCGCGUCAUACGACCCCAUGUGAUGGGAAUGGCGACCAAGUAGUUCAUAAAACCAUGUCUGAGAUUUACAGAAAAAAAGGGGUUUGCUUGACGGUAGCUUGUACCAGUCUUACAGUGUGACCUGGGCCCAAUUUCAUGGCUCUGCUUACCAUAAGCGAAAACUUUCCACUUACUGCAGCAGACAAUUCCGUGCUUACCGUAAGCAUAUAUUUCAUGGGUUAGCGAGGAUUUUUGGUGUUUAAAUGCAUGUGCACACAUCCUGUAACUAAGGAUUCUGUGCUUACUAGGUAAUAGCAUAUAUUUUUUUGCUAACACUGUUACUGUUAGCACAGAAUGGUGAUCCAACACACAGAAUUCUGUGGUUAGCAGAGCCAUAUGAAAUUGGGCCCGAGCAUAACAGCAAAUUGACUAAAUACUCUUGUACAUAAUACAUGAGUAUUUGGAAUAGGUACAUUGUAGUGUACGAUCAUCAAAUUAAUUAGAAAGAUGUCAGACUGGGGAAUGAAUGUAGUAUCCUGAUGCUACUUUACAAAUAUAUAAACAACAAAAUUGAGAUGGUGUCUUGUUUCUUAGAUAUUAGACAACUAUCAUAUGAACACUGUUAGAAAUGUGUUGAUAUUUCUAUUAGAGAUUUUUUUUGUGGAAUAAUGUUGCACCAAUAUGAAGCUUGCCAUUUGGAAGGAUCCUUCCGGUGACAAGGCAAGUUUGUGCUGUCACUAGAGGGCCUCCUUCACAUUGAUGUAAACAUAGCAAACUGGAAUAUCGCAGCAAUAUUUUUUUGAAAAAAAAACCUCUGAAAAGUGAAACAGUGAAAAAAUGUUAUCCGAGAAAAAAAGGUCAGAUUAGAAUUUCCUUUGAGGGACUGAAAAUUUGUGUUAAAGGCAGCUGAAACAUUGAUUGUGAAGUGUGUAGCUUUAGCGUGGGAUGUCACAUUUUAAUUCAAAAUAUGAAAUGACCAAAUGCUUUCAGUUUAAGCCUAGAGUAAGGAAGAAAAAAAUCGCAGCUGUAUUCAAAUUUUGGAAUGAGAAAAGGAUGUGCAGCUGUUCAGUUAGAACAUCAAAAGUAGUAUAGUAAAAUAGUAUCCUUUUGAAAUAUAUUACCUUUUUUACUCGCAAAUUGUUAAUCUUUCUUGUUACUAAUUUUUUUUUUACCAGAUUGUUAAUUUUUCAUGUAAUACCAAACAUCUCAUUUAAUUUGUUUAAGCGUAACUCUUUUAACUUUAUUUAGCAUCACUACCAUUCUAGUUCAAGUUGUGACGAUUCAAAAGCAUAUAUUUUAGUUGUGAUAAAGUUUAAAUUGCAGUGACAUUUCAAUAUUCAAAAUAUAUCAACACAUUGUAGAGUAAAUAUGGCAUGUUGAAACUUUUCCGAGCAAACUACACAUAUUUAGAACUCAUCUUAUUUUGCAAGUUUUGCUAGACGCUAAUGCCUGUGAUAUUCAUGCUUCAUGCAAUGCCUUUAAUUAAAGGUUUAAAAAGAAAAAAAAAUUCAGACACAAAUUUGCAUUUCAAGUUUAUUCAGCAGGUUUACUUUUACUUUAAAUUUAUCUUUUUACUGACAUUAGUGUUAGUUUUUGUGUGUAGAUGUUAUUCAGUGCGUUUUGGUUUGCAUUAACUUCAGUCAAGCAUAAAUGUAGUUCUGCACCAUUUACUGGGUUUUACCUAUUAAACAGUGAUUCCAUUAGUGCAAAAAACAUGCAAAACAGACCAUGUGAAAACUAAUACUGACUCUUUAGCCAGCAAACGUUUCCCAAAUUCCCAAAAGGUAAAGUCUCAACUCAGAUGUCUAGACUGCAUUUUAAAAUCUUUUGCAACAGAGAAUGAAACGUGGUUCAUAAUAUUUACACGCCCAAUUUUGUUUGGACAAAACAGAGCAUUUGUUAAUCUGGUGGCGUGACUGCAGGGAGAAUGUAUAGAAGUACAUGUAGAGAUUUGGUACCAGACCUUUUGCGUUUGACACAAUAACUUGUGUAAUACUGAAGAAAUGGACUGGUUGUUUCAUGCAUAUUGCAUAUUUUCACUACAGUCACGACAGUAUUGCGAGUCUUACAUUUUUGGACUAGGCUUCGUGGAGGAAUGGUUGUUUCUGAUAAAUCCCCUCAGGAAAGGAAAAAGGAAAAAGGUGGGCCCACUUACCACAAAAAAAUAGCUGGCUCAUAUUACACAGUGCGCCGGCACGCCCUUCCUUCCCCCACUCCAGCUAAUUGACUUUCCUGGUUGUUUGCUGGCCUGUAGCUACAUUUAGAGCAUUUUUUGGUGUUGCUUGAUGUUCAAUCUACAGGCGUGAACAUGUAGUGCAGUUCCGCUAAACAACCAAAGAAUUCUGUGCUCACAGUGCCAGCAGAGCAAUUGUGCACUGACCCUGCAA